GCGAUCCCCACCGCCGCCGCGACGAAUCGGCCUCUGGGCGGGGGCUUUUAGUCAAAAAAGAAAAUGGCUCAGCCAGGAACUGAUGCCCAGGCCAUGGAGAAGCCGGUUCAGACUUUACUCGUUCCCGCCGGUGGAGCUAACAGCGGCGAGAAUGCCAAAAGCAGCGCAGGAUCCCCCUGAACUCCGCGCACCUCAAGCUGCAGCAGGCAGAGCUGCCGACCGUCCGACUUUUUGACGUUUCCUAUUGUUGCCGGAAGUGACGUUAGGGUUCUGAGCCUUAGAGAAGCCGCGUUUUUGUUCCGGGUAUUUACGAUUCGCUAUAGAUCCCCCGUUUCUCACUUCGUCCCCCGAGCUACUCUAAGCACUAACAUUAGGCAAACUUUUAAUCUGCAACUUGGGAUCGGGCUGGCCAUUGAAAAGCGCCUCGGCAGAGCCAGCGUCCUCGGGGGUCUGGACAAACGUGGUGUGGAAUCUGCAGCGAGGAAUCGUGAAGCACCGAGGAGCCGGCAGCUUUGAAGGUGUUGCCGCGGCGCGCGGCGGGCUUCCAGCCACUGUUGAAAUACAAACGGUCGACGCGAGCCUCGGGCCGCCGCCGCUCCUCGCUGCUGUCGGCUGGGCUCCGGUGGCUCGCUCCGGUCGCCUAUGCUGUCUCCCCCUGUCCCUGCUGAGCGGGGCGGGAGGCCUGCGGGGCCCUCCUCCGUGCUCGGCGGCUGCUGGGGAGGCUGGCGACGGCGCGCCCCGGGUUAUGCAGGGGAAGCCUCUCUCUGCUGCCCUUUCCGAAACGGCGGGCGGGAGCGAAUGACCAGAUUCAACCUGUACUUGUAUCUUACCCUUCUUCAAAAUAUUUGUUCUGCUGAUAUGGAAGAGGAUGUGUUCCAAGGACAUACUUUGUUGUCAGAAAUUCCAUUAUCAGAGGUAGAAAUCUGAGACAUUGACAUAUGUUCCAGGACUUCAGAGGAAGGAAAGAUACCACAAAGUAUUAAACAAAAUUACAUGUAUUAGAAGCAUGGAAUAUACAUUUGAAAGAAUUAAAGGAAAUCUAUGGAGAGAUACACAAUUUAUAUAAAAGUUAUAGAAUGCCUUAGAUGGAAAAGGUACCCCUAGAAGAAUCAUAUUAAGAUAGGAACUUCAUUCCCAGAGGAUUCGUUAUUCAAGGUGAAAAAUUAGAUUAUUGAAAGCUGGAGUUGAAUGUAAUGUUGAAUAAUGGCAACAGGUGACUUAAAAAGAAGCUUACGGAACCUAGAACAAGUGCUUCGCAUGCUAAAUUAUCCUCAAGAGGUGGAUUGUGUAGGUUUGGUAAAGGGAGAUACAGCAGCAUCUUUGCCCAUCAUCAGCUAUUCCCUUACCUCAUAUUCACCUUAUAUAGCAGAACUUUUGAUGGAAUCCAACAUAGAGCUCAUAGCGAAGAAUGACUUGCGUUUUGUAGAUACUGUCUAUAAGAAAAAAGCUGUGGUGAUCCGUCACCUGUAUAAUGAAGAUGGCCUUAACAUUCCCGAAGAUACAAUAAGUACUGUAACAGAUGUAAGAGAAGCAUUUGAUGUAUGUGACUUAAAGACUACUGAAAUAAAGGUUCCUGAAGUAAAGUUCCUUGAAAUCAAGUCUGAACAACAAGAUAUUAGAAUUAAUCCUGAGAUUACUGCACUACAGACAAUGCUUACUGAAUGCCAAGAAAAGCUUCAGAAACUGGCUUUGGUAGAGAGUAGAUUAGAAUCUUUGGAAGAAAAAAUGAAAGGAAAAGUGAUGGUAAAUGAAAAAACCUGGACUAACCUUCUAAGUCGUGUCACUCUUCUUGAAACAGAAAUGCUGCUGUCUAAAAAGAAUAAUGAAUAUAUAGACUUCAGUGAACUCAAUGAAGACUACGAAUCUAGUAAUGACAUAGAUAUUCUGAAUCCUGACAGAAAAAGCAAAGAGAGGCAAACAAGUAUUCCUCUUUCCUCUGGCUAUAGUACUGUGUCAUCAGAUUCAACUCCCAGAACCUCAAGUACUAGUUACUGUGGUUUGAAAGAGAAUUCAGAGAUACAGAGAGAGAGAGAGGCAGAGACACAGGCAGAGGGAGAAGCAGGCUCCAUGCACCGGGAGCCCGACGUGGGAUUCGAUCCCGGGUCUCCAGGAUCGCGCCCUGGGCCAAAGGCAGGCGCCAAACUGCUGCGCCACCCAGGGAUCCCCAGAAUUAAAAUUCUUAAGUAACUGUUGUAUUUCAAGGCAGCCAGUCUAUUAGAUCAGAGUAGAGAUCCCCUAAACAGACUAUAUAGAGAGUAAGAUAUAGGACAAAUACUGCUUUAUUGAUUAGUGGGGAAAGAAUGAAUUAUUUGGUAAAUAAUUGUAGGAAUACAUGGCUACCAAUAUAGGGGAAAAUGCAGUUACAGCCUCUUUUUACACUAUUCACAAUCAUUUUCAGGUAGAUCAAAGACAUAAAUACGAAAAUAGAAAAGAAAGUAAGAUCUGUAAACACCAGUAUCAACAUCAUCUUUGAGCUAUAUCUGCAUUUUUAAAAUAUGCUUAUUAAAGUUGGAGAAGCUGUGAUUUAAAAGAUUAUCUUUAUGACAUUGGGGUAGGGAAAUAGUUCUUGAAAUACAAAAUACACAAGCCAUAAGACAGAAAAUAAAUCUGACAUUACUACUAAGCACUUGAAUUACUGUCUGGAAUGAUGGGGGAUUCCUAAAGGAUUGGUUGUUCAUACAGACAGCAGCCCUGCAAAUAUGUCAGACUGGAAGCUACUUAACCAUAUUUUCAACAUCCUGCAUCUGUUGCAAAAAUAGCUGUACUUUAUUGGCUUAAGUAUAAGGGGGGAUUUAUUACCUCAUUGAUUUGAUGAAUAAAGCAAACCACAGAUGCCCAGAAUUCUCACCAAGGAGGGGAAAACAGCUGAGUUGUAGCGAUGUGGAAAUUCCAAUCCCGAAGACUGUGAGAAUUGGACACUGGAGCUAAGGCCAGUGUGCACACCCAUCAUGUGCAUGAAGAUACAGCUCAUGACUGCCCCACUUCCAUCCCACAAAUCCAAAGUCCCUUUGUGUGUACUGAGGGACAAUUCUCUGGACCUGUUUGAGAAAAAGUCAACAUUAGAAAGGAUUAAGAGCUCUAAAACCAACACCAUUGUAUCCUGCAGAUAAUUUAGAUAUUCUUGUGGACAAAACACGCAUCAACGAGAGGCAUGUGCUAGUGGUUAUGGCUUGGCUGUCAAGCCUGACCAACUCCAGAGUUGUUCAGCUGCUGUACCUGAACUAGAGAUGGUCUUUUCCACAUGCAACCUGGAAAGCCUUUCAGCCUCAACUGGCAAAGAGUUCAAAUUGCCAGUCAUGGAGAAUGGACAGAUCAUUCCAAACUCUUGUUUUCUACACUGUCCUUAUCCAUCCUUUCUACUCUGCCAGCCAUGGUUUUCCCCAAUAGAGUCAUUUAGAAAGUGAUUCCAGUGCUCAAAUUCUUUCUUUGAUGUCAUUCAUAUCCACAGGGAAGCCUAUGAGAUUGAGAAGGGAAGCUGGGGGUCUGGAUGCCAAGGGUACAAAGUCAAGAUGUGAGGUCACACUGCCUGAAGCUCUCAAUUUGCACCCUCUAUGGGGGUGAACUAUUGCAGUGGGCUUGUUGGAGGUGAACAGAGCCUGAGAUCAAGGAUGUCAUCUGAGCACCCUUCCCACUCUAGCAUUAUUUCCCCCACCUUUUCCAUCCUGAUGGCAUUGGUUGAGGGCUCCUGGGGCAAGUAGUUCAAUCUCUGAGCCUUGGUUUCUUUGCCCAAACAGAGAAGUUAGCCUCAGGCCCUUGUUCUCAAACUGGGCACCAUAGAACUUUGGGAGGUUCCAGAAGUUACUGCAGGGAUUUGUAGAAAACAAAAAAUCUUCAACAGGAACCUUGGGAGUUUCCAGAAGUUACUGCAGGGAUUUGUAGAAAACAAAAAAUGUUGAACAGGAACCCCAAGGGCUCUGAGCACUUAUCCUUCAUGACUCUUAGCUGAUACUUUAUUCUCCACUUGUAAAUUUUGUGUGAUUUAUUUCCAUGUGAUUUCACUGAAAAAUUGGAGAAUCCCUUAAAAAAUAUUAAUCCAUCAAAGGAAAAUAUGAGAUGAUAAAGCAGAGACAAAGUUUCUUUCAAUAGAAAAACAAACAGGGGCAGCCCAGGUGGCUCAGCAGUUUAGCGCCACCUUCAGUUCAAGGAGUGGUCCUGGAGACCGGGGAUUGAGUCCCACGUAGGGCUCCCUGCAUGGAGCCUGCUUCUCUCUCUGCCUGUGUCUCUGCCUCUCCCUCUCUCUCUCUCUCUGUGUGUCCCUAUGAAUAAAUAAAUAAAAUCCUUAAAAAAAUAACAGAUUGGUAUUCAGAAUAUACAAAUGACACCUAUAAGUUAACAAUCCAGUAGAAAGAAGACAGUAUAAAAAAACAAUAGGAAUUAUUGAGAAAAGAAAUCCUGAAUGGGCAAAUAUAAACAUGAAAAUAUACUCUGAGGUUCCCGCUAUACUUAAUAAAAUUUUAAAAGUCAGACAAUAUUAAGUUUCAUUAAGAUUGUAGUCAACAGGAGUUCUUAAACACUUCUGGUGGGAAUGCAGUCCAUAUAACUACUUGGCAAAUACAUUGGCAAAAUCUCAUAAAGGUAAAGGUGUGCAGAUCAUGAGAAUUAGCAAUACCACACUGUGGCAUAUACCUUAGAUAAAUUCUGCCACAGGUAUUUAGAGACUAUGUCAGAAUAUUCACAGUAUUCAUAGUAUGAUGUGCAUGAAAUUAUAAAAAAAAAAAUGGUAGACAAGUGACUGGAGAGGUAGAAUUUUGUAUAUCAUCCUAAGGAGCUUUAUACCUUGUGAAACAAGGGGAAGCCCUGGGGACUAAAAUUUUGUUUUAGAAAGAUUCCCCGGGGUUGAGGGUGAGUUUUAGAAGAGGAAUUAGGGAUCCCUGGGUGGCGCAGC